AGAGGGUCCCAUCAGUAACAUGGUUAACCUGACAGUCACUGGUGGAUCAGUGAUCCUGCAGAGUCCUGUCCUCCCUGUGAUGGAGGGAGAUGACGUCACUCUGCUCUGUAAAACAAAGACCACUCCCUCCAACCUCCCAGCUGCUUUCUAUAAAGAUGGCUCCCUCAUCAGGAAGCAGCCUACAGGUCACAUGACCAUCCAGCAUGUUUCCAGGUCUGAUGAAGGCCUCUACAAGUGUGACAUCAGCGGUCAUGGAGAGUCUCCAUCCAGCUGGAUCACUGUCACAGACAAACACACCACCACACCUCCACCUACAUCCAGACCUCCAAUUAUGACCACCUCUAACCCUGGUUCCUCUCUCAUACCUGUGUUGGAUCAGUCUGUGUUGUGGUUGUGGUGUUACUGGUUCUGCUGCUGGAAGUGA